CCUAUUCGUGCCACUGUGCCUUAAGAUUUUGCCUCGCGAGCUCCCUUGGAACUUGAAAUCGUUCUAUGUGCUAUGUUUGUAUGGUGCAUACACCUCUGAUUGCUGUUUAGGAAAAAUUUUCGAGUGUUUUUGUGGUAUAGCCAUUUGUCAUUUUGGGAAUUCUGCGUAUAAGAAUCAAAAAUCAAUUUGCAGCUUGAAAUUAUGGUGUGGCUUGCAUAUGUCUUUUAGAAAUGCAAUUUUCGUUCGAGAGACAUAAAGAAAUGUGACAUCCCCCCCCCUCCAGUUCAUGUCGAAUGGUCUAUGUUACCAAAUUCAGCAGCAAAGCAUGGAAAGGAUAUGUCGUCCUCCGUCGAAUGGUCUCUUCCUGAGUCCAUGAAUCUAGCUGUUGAUUACAAUAAGUACAGAGUAACGUGGAUUCAAUUAUAUGUAUUUGAAGUUUGCAGAAGUGCAAGUUUUUGGGCACUUUUUCCCCCUUUACAUGCCAGUUUGGCCUUUUGCUUUGGAUAUUGUUUCAGGGUUGCUUCCACCAUUGAUGCUGUCCUGCUCUCUCAUUCAGAUACGCUUCACAUAGGUGCUCUCCCAUAUGCCAUGAAACAGCUUGGACUCUCUGCUCCUGUUUAUUCCACUGAGCCUGUUUACAGAUUGGGUCUCCUCACAAUGUAUGAUCAGUAUCUAUCACGGAAGCAAGUUUCAGAGUUCGAUCUGUUUACUCUGGAUGAUAUCGACUCUGCUUUCCAGAAUGUGAUCAGAUUGACUUAUUCACAGAAUUACCAUCUUUCUGGAAAGGGAGAGGGUAUUGUUAUUGCUCCUCAUGUUGCUGGACAUAUGUUGGGAAGUAGCAUUUGGAAGAUAACAAAGGAUGGUGAAGAUGUUAUAUAUGCUGUUGACUACAACCAUCGUAAAGAAAGGCAUUUAAAUGGAACUGGUUUGCAAUCUUUUGUCCGGCCUGCUGUUCUCAUAACUGAUGCGUACAACGCCCUGAACAAUCAGCCCCCAAGACAACAAAGGGACAAAGAGUUUCUAGAUGCCAUUUCAAAGCAUCUUGAAGUAGGCGGUAAUGUUUUACUGCCAGUUGACACUGCUGGUCGAGUCCUGGAACUUCUCUUGAUACUUGAACAGCAUUGGUCGCAAAGGGCUUUCAGCUUUCCCAUCUACUUUCUAACAUACGUGUCAUCUAGUACCAUUGACUAUGUCAAGAGUUUCCUCGAGUGGAUGAGUGACUCCAUUUCAAAGUCUUUUGAAACUUCUCGCGACAAUGCUUUUCUUUUGAGGCAUGUCUCUCUCAUGAUAAACAAGACUGAUUUAGAUAAUACUCCAUUGGGUCCAAAGGUCGUUCUAGCAUCCAUGGCUAGUCUAGAAGCUGGUUUCUCUCAUGAUAUAUUCGUGGAGUGGGCAAAUGACCCCAAAAAUCUAGUCCUUUUUACUGAAAGAGGCCAGUUUGGCACUUUAGCUAGAAUGCUUCAGUCAGAUCCACCUCCUAAAGCUGUUAAAGUCACCAUGUCCAAGAGAGUUCCUUUGGCCGGGGAAGAGUUGAUUGCUUAUGAAGAAGAGCAAAACAGACUGAAAAAGGAAGAAGCCUUGCGGGCUAGUCUAGUGAAAGAGGAGGAAACAAAAGCUUCUCAUGGACCUGACAGUAGUUCUAGCGAACCUAUGAGCAUAGAUACCAAGGCUACUGCAGAUGUUGCUGGUUCUCAUGGGCCUGCAUAUAAGGAUAUACUUAUAGAUGGAUUCGUUCCCCCAACCAGCAGUGUAGCUCCAAUGUUUCCGUUCUAUGAAAAUACACCUGAGUGGGAUGACUUCGGCGAAGUGAUUAAUCCCGAUGACUAUGUGAUCAAGGAUGAAGACAUGGGCCAAGGAGGGAUUCUUACCGGAGGUGACAUGGACGGAAGGUUUGACGAGACAGCUGCUAGUCUGAUGCUUGAUACCAGACCUUCGAAAGUUAUAUCUAAUGAGCUCACUGUGCAUGUUAAAUGCCCACUUGUUUAUAUGGACUAUGAAGGUCGUGCAGAUGGCCGAUCAAUCAAAUCAAUGAUUGCACAUGUCUCUCCUCUUAAACUUGUUCUGGUGCACGGAUCAGCUGAGGCUACAGAGCAUUUGAAGCAACAUUGUUUGAAAAGCAUUUGUCCACAUGUUUACGCUCCUCAAAUUGAAGAAACUGUUGAUGUCACUUCUGAUUUGUGUGCUUAUAAGGUCCAACUUUCUGAAAGGCUGAUGAGCAAUGUGAUAUUUAAAAAGCUGGGGGAUUAUGAAGUAGCUUGGGUAGAUGCCGAAGUUGGGAAGACAGAAACUGAGAUGCUGUCAGUACUACCCAUGUCGAGUGCUGCCCCCCCUCCACCUCACAAGUCGGUUCUCGUUGGUGACCUGAAAAUUGCAGACUUCAAACAGUUUCUAUCCAGCAAGGGUGUGCAGGUGGAAUUUGCGGGCGGAGGUGCGUUGCGCUGUGGAGAGUACGUAACUCUGCGUAAGGUUGGUCCAACCGGCCAGAAGGGAGGAGCAUCGGGACCGCAGCAGAUUCUGAUAGAGGGGCCCUUGUGCGAAGAUUACUACAGAAUCAGGGAUUACCUCUAUUCCCAGUUCUACCUCUUGUAGUGAUGAUGCAUGUGGAGAGUGGAGGGGGGAAAGGUAGGGCUUACAAGUUGACGCAUCUGCAUUUUACAUUGAGAAAUGGAAGGUUUCAGUAAGUUCACUCACAAUCGUCUUUUGUGAAUUUUGUUAUUCCUUUCUUUUGGGAAAACUUUUGUCUCGUUUUGAGUGAAAUCUUUACUCGGGGCACACCAGCAUAUUCCUCUACGUGGUGGAUUAUUUGAAAGAAAAAAAAUGUUGCUCUUAUAUACAAAAUACAGCGCGGACAAACUAAUUUAACCGUUGAAAUUGUUUA